AUGAACGAAGACCGACAUCCGCAGUCACCAGAGGAUGAUGAAUCGUUCGAGCAACAAACUCGUCGCAUCAUCCGCAGCCUCCCCGUGGCGGCAACGAUGUACGAUGGAACCUAUCCCGGACAGGAAAUGUUUAGCAUCGAAUCCUUGCAAUCAUCCGCGUCGGAGCUAAGCUUUUCCUCCGAUUCACCCACAAGCAUGAGCACUGUGAUCUACAGGAACGAAUACGAACACUCUUCCAUACCGAUUGUUGAGCUUCCAGUGACUCCCUCAAAGGGAGAUGAACAUCCUGUCGUUGAAUUCGCCAAAGAAGUCCACACUCCGAGCACCAUCGGAGAGGCGCUGGAAAAAUCCGGCACAGUUCUGAUGAAACGUUCCCAUGACAACCGGUUGGAAAAGCAACUGGAAGAAAUCCAAACCCUCAUGAGUGUAGAUGACGAGGAUUUGGUUAUUCUGAAGCAACCGAGCAUCCGAGCGAUGCAAUCACAGCCCGCUUUUAGCAAAGAUGUCAUGCGAGGGUUCCUGGAGCGUUCGGAAACGAUGUUUAAUCUAAUGCACGACACUACCGGCAAUGAUGCACAGGUGAUCGUUGGCAUUGAGGAGGCUGAAUCGAGUGAUACAGAAAAGCCCUCGUGUUCGCGCAAACAACCGAUUCGUUCGGUGGAUCCACCCGUUGUAGAUGACACUCAAUCGGGCGAGUUUGUGGGGUGUUUCAGCAAGAACGAGAACAUGGUGCUAUACAAACGGAGUUUGCCGGAAGCUACGGCAAGGGAGCCGAACCGGAAUAGCAUCGAUUCGCUCAUCGUCCAUCAUGCCGACUGUCUACUGGAAGCGGAAGAGAUGACAAGGCCAGAUAUUCAGAUACGUCAGGGUGCGGAUGAUAACCUGCUGGCUUUGCUGACGUUCUCCGAUCAGUCAUCUGCACUGAUGAAGACCUCCAAUGCAGUGGCAGAAGCUGCGGACUCUCACGAAGCGCUCAAAAAAACGAUACUCACCACGUACCGGGAGCUGUUGGAGAACCCGGACGAGAUGAUCUCGAUGAAAACGCAAGCAACUGCACCUUUGCAACAGUUCGUUCCCACGACCCAUUCGCAUAAAUAUCGAACUAAUCUGUGCCAUUCCAAAGAGACGUCGAGUUUUGGGCUUUCACGAGGUUCUCAGGAUGGUAUGGUGCUGCAAGGAUCGAGCAAGAACUGGACCAAGUGUCCGAACACACAGCAGGCGAUCGAAAUUAUCUACAACGUGCGGUUACUGAUGGAGGACUACAUUCUGCAGAACAUCACCGUAUCGAUGACGGUUUGGCGGCAUGUAGUGCGUAUUCUUCAAGAUGUUCAGCAGUGUUGUAGAAUGCCCGUUGAGCGCGAAUUCCAGGACACAUCAUUGGUGGAGAAAAUCAAACGCGUGCUUGAUGAUUUGCUCGUGCCGCAGGAUCGUGAAGAUCCGCUCGAGCUCGUGAAUCAACUACGCUACACGAUCGAGCAGAUACAGGUGUACCAGAUCCGACGAAAGACACUGUUCAGCGAGUCUGAUGCGUGGGAUGUUAUGUUGAACACAAUGGAGCGGCUAUGCUGUGUGGUGGAUCAUGAGAUCGAAGAUCCAGAGGUCUUUCUCGAGGCACUUCAAUACGGUGUAAGGAACGCGUUAGGUCCUCGACGCUUCGAAGACCGCGUUGCAAAGGCUACACCUCGCGCGGGCACAGGUCCAGUGGAGUCACAUCCCACCUUCUGCAGUAGCCCGAGUGUCUUCGACAUUGGGCGGUAUGAGCCUCCAUCGGUUGGGUUUUGUAGACCUUACGUGUGCUUCUUCGAUUGGAUCCUCACGAGUCUUUGGUCCGUCAUCGUGUGGGCAAAGAUCCAACUGGGUAUCUUCUGGGAGUUUAUCAGCAGUCCACCGCCACCGAUUUUGGCCGGACGCUCCGUAUCAUUCCAUCAAACUAGCUCCGAUCUCGAAAAGCUCCAUGAGGAUCGCGAAAGGCUCAGUGAUGCUACGAACGUGAUACGCGUUGCUUUAGAGAACAUCUCGCCACCAGCGGGAGGUGUUUCAACGGAUGAAAAAUCUUCAGUGAACGUCCGCUCGCUUGAGAUGAUCUCGCGGAUGUUGUAUAACGCAGGUCAAAUCGAAAUGAAGCACUCCGUGUCAAGGCAAAACAUCCACAUGCAGUUAAACACGACCGUCUCAGGUGAGCUGGUGAAGCGAGAAGCGGACGAGUUUGUGACAAUGGAAGGCACCAUCCGAGAUCGAGAUGCUGAGGUAGCUGUCUUCUUCGAGGCUCGUAUGGUUGAUCUUGGGUCGCUUGCGAAGGUGGAAUCGAUGAUGGAGUGCGUCACACGGAUCGAGCGGCUCUCGGAUGACGCAGCUGUUAGCAGCAAUUUGUCGGAGGAAACCAUCGUACAUUCGGCACCUUCACUGGACGCUGCAGAGGUUGUGAGCUCGCUGGUAGAGGAGCUGAUUUCGAGCGAGAACUACGAACAGCCAUCUGAACCGACGGUUACUGCUGUGGCUGAUCAACUCCUCAGGGAAAUUAAGCUGUGCAUGCAAGAUCUUCUGGAACCGGUAGCAUCUGCGAUGCGCAAUAUCUACGAGCUGUUCGAUAGUACUGCUGGUGAAGGAGAGAGACCGUCAGUAGCGAGGUCAGACCCUUCGGAAGAUCCCACUGCCAUUGUGGUUGAAAAGGAGCCAACUGGCGUGUCAUCACCGUUGGAGUAUGUCCAGGUGGAGCAAAAGUCCAGCCAAUACGAUGCGAAUGUUCGAUGCAGCUGUUCGGUUUGUAAACCACCGCAGACCGUCGAUGGAGAAUCUACGGUGACGCAGAAAGUGUCGUCGGAGUCUCGCGUUGGAGAAUCCUUGCAGGAGCUGUUGGCUCUUUUUCAUGACGCCAAUAAUCGGCUCGGUAUCAUCGACUCGGACGUGACCGCUAUUCGUAACCAGAUGCAGCAGUUGAUGGCAGAACAACGGCAGUCGAAUUUGGACGGAGCAAAGAUCACCCAGGGCGAUGGUCAUCGGUCGCGCAGAAGAACGUCUGGAAAGGUGUCUCAAAAACCCAAGAAAACCCCACCGAUCCGAUGCCCGGUGCAACAGAAACAGGCGUUAUUUCCGCAAACCGCAUCCUACUGCCCAACAGAGAUAUACUCCUGCCAUCCUGUUGCACCGGACGUGCUUGUCAUCCACUGGAAGGUGGACGAGGAUCUGUUACUCUGCAUCAUCGGGUAUGAGAUCCACAUCGACGGGGAGCUGCGAUCGGUUUGCUUUUCCCACAAACGACGGACGGCUCUGAUCGGCAAUUUGGACCUCAAGAAGCACCAUCAGAUCGCACUACAUGCAGUGCCGGAUGCUGGUUGCAAGAGUUCCGUUCAGUGGGCACCAGCUUUCUUCUUGUAUCACACGUAA